UUUGAAAAAUAAUUAGCUACUGUGCGCAGUGCGUCACUUCCGGGUGGCAGGGCAGCGAGGCUGCUGAUUCACACAACGAAGAGAAACAACGUCCCGUUUUUAUUACCUUUAAACAUGUCACUGUGAUAAACCGGGGACAAUAAGCGACAGCAUCUUUUGGCAGGUUACCAUGGUCCCAUCGGACUUUAAAGCCCUGAUUCAGAGGUUUUACCACCUUCAGUCUGAGCGGGUGGAGACGUAUCAGCUCUUUGAGGAAGGACAUGAGGCCUACUUGAGGACAGGCCCCCAUUAUGACUUUGACCACUACAAGGAGCUGGUCCAUGAGAUAACGCAGGCCUUCUGCGGCAUCUCCAAGGAAAUGCUGGAGAUCAAAGAGAAGCUGCACCACCAGUUCGACAGGCCGGCGCUUUCUGAGCACAUUGAGAAGCUGCAGAGCAAAGAGAAGCACAAACUAGAACUGACCGCCAGGCUGCAGCUGGCCAGGCAGCGGGCCCAGGAUCACCCGGAGGACGAGGGCUGUCAAGAACACAUUCAGGGGAUCAAGCACGAGAUCAUCAAGAACAAAGAGGCCCUGAGUGAAGUCUUGCAGGACUUUAAGUACGACUCCGAGGAAUUUGAUUGACAGGUGGCUCCCAGGAGGCGGGGAAGACGAAUGAGCCCUGCUCUGCUGCAACUUCCAUCUUUGACUCCUCAGCUGCACUCAUCGAUCCCCCCCCCCCCCGGCUCCGCCCCGCUCGCUGCAGCAGUCCUGCUCCACCCAGGGGACAUUUCACAUUCAGGCCGUGUGUGUCUUUCUAUUUGUAGUUGUGUGUUUUUGUUAAUGCAUACCUCAGCAGAAAAAAAAGACAUGUAAAUACUCUUGAGGUUCAAUAGUUUUCUGGAUGAGUUUUAUUUAACACAAAAUAAAUGACUUUUUAAUGUUCUGCAGUAAAAGAUGAUGAACUUAAACAGAAGUACGCAGUUAUAUAAAUGGUUUACUGGGACGUAGGUAUAAUCUACAUUUCAGUGAUUGAACAAACACUUGCACCAGUUUUUAAUAUCUGAAUUUAAAUAUCAAACAUUAUGAUCGCCACUGUUUUUGUUGAUGACAUUUUUUUUUCUUCUCAAAGACCUGCCAGGCGUCACCGUUUAAGAUGACACAUGUGUGUCCGUCACUGGAAACAAACACAGAUCUGUCGGACAGAUUCGACCCGUGGAAACGGUAGAAAAAGAAGACUUCACUCCAGUCACCCGCCACUCUUUAAACUGAAGUUGAGGCCGUGAGACGGAACACUGCAGCAGGCCCCCGGGGCCCAGCGGUCUGUCACUGUUU